GGUGUAGUUCUCACCUUCGCGACUGCCUUCCUCAUGCUGGUCUGCACGGCCACUUUUCUGCCUGGCGGUCUGAUGCAGACAGAGUUCUGCCGCUACCUCACCAACCGUUACCCAAGUGGUCCGCGCAUCAUCGAUGACACUGUCAUUAACAUCGCAAAUUUCGUGCAGUCCAGUGAUCCAAAUCAACCGCACGAUCUCCGACUGGAGCGCCUCUUUAAGAUGCGAGUCGCUGAGCUCUUACUCACUCGUUGUGCCAAUCAAACCCUUGUUGAUGCGGCCGGUGAUGAAAGCAUUGGAUGGAUGGUCUCGAAUCAGAUAGAUGCAGCUAUCAAGAGAAGGCAACCGCCUUCCUCCUCGCUUCCACGUAUGGGGAAGUACAAUUGCCAACCACCAGAGAGGUUGGAAUUGCCAUUUCGGGCCUAUUUUCUGCGGUCUACUCCCAGAUUGGAAAAAAUGGGAGUUUGGAGUUAG